AUGACCUUCGCGCCAGAGGUCAAGGCCACCGGGGCCGCACCAGCCCCUGUCAACCAAAAGAAACAACCUCACAAGCAUCGGCACCCGUCCUCCUCGCCCUUUGACCCGGAGGAGUUGUCGAGGAAGUUGACAAUCAUCCAGGCAGAACAGAGAGUAAUGUCCGAGCAAGCGAAAAUCGCAAGAAUAGAAACGGAACAUAAGGCUACAACCCAAAGAUCGAAGGAACGAAGGGCAGAGAAGAAACAUUACGACCUCGCACAUGAGUUUCCGCAGUCCGACAAGAGAAGAUCCCUAUUCGCCCACGUUGGGGUGAAAUCUGUUCCAGACCAGUGCCAAGACGAAUCAACACUCGAUAACACGGGGGCAGGGUUCAACGCAAGUUGCAUGAACCAUGCAUCCGGCGUACGAAAUGGAGAUGAUGGAUGCCCGUCAACGUAUAGGCACAUUCCACAAGUAGCGGCGCUACAGUUUGCAAGAACGACCACCAUCGAUCCCCCUAGCGAAAAGGGUCUGGUUCACAGGCUCUCCAAGAUGGCCUUGAAGUAUCAUAUGGGUGGUGUUAAUGCAGAUACGGGAUUUCAGGACGAGUCGCACACCAUAGCCCCUUACGAGGCAGCAAAAACAUUGAAAAAAGCACAGCGAAAAAGGGAAAAGCAAUAUCAACGCAAUCAAUUUCAGCAUCCCUCAACCCUGCUACCAACUGUGGGAAUUAAUGAAAAUGCAAUCCAUCCGGUUCAACAAACUCUUUUUGAAACGGAUUCUUCGCCGAAGAGCCUGGAAAGCGACGAGGAGGGUGCUGCAGGGAUGACCAUGGAGAGGGUGGCUUCAGCGCCACAUGCAGAAAAGCAUGAGAAUCCCCAUCAUGAGGGACUGACCGAAGCAGAGAUCGCGGAGCAUAGGGUUGACUGGACCCAAAGCGAUGAGGUCAAACUCCGAAAAUCAGAAUCCAGAUGGAGACUGAAACGUCAUUUGGGGGCGCACAAAUACAGAGACGAUCCAGGGGUUCUUCUAGAAGAAGAAGAGCCGAUAAUGGAAGACGUGACAAAGUCACGAAUCACCGCUUUGUUCCCUCGUCUUAGACGUCAUAGCGCCGGUGACCUGCUUUAA